AUGGUCAGCAUUGAAGAAAAUAAAAAUCAAUAUUUUCCGCCAUCAUUUGGUCAUGUUGCUUAUGAUCCAUAUCAAAAUAGACAUCAUAGAAUUGGAACAAGCGCACCAGAAAUUGAACUUUUAAAUGAGUUACCAUUAACAUUCGGAAAUAAUCAAUAUAUAGCAGAAGAAACAAAAUUUUAUCCUAAUAUAACACCAUCAUCAAUAAACAACAAUACAUCGAGAAGUGUAUCUAAUAACCAACAUUUAGAUAAUACUUUUGAUAAACUAUUAGAGAGAUAUGCACCAGAUGCAAUUCCCCCCUCUAAUAUAAAUCGUCAGGUACCACUUGGAGCGCAACAACAAAACACACUUCCAAUAGUCGCGAAGGACUACCCAAUCAUUCAAAAUAAUCCCACUACAAAUCCAAUACCUACAAACGUACAAAAAUCGAUUUACAGUAGUUCACAACCAUCCGUUCAAAAUACAUCCACAGCACCCCAGCAAUCUCUCUACAAUAAUUUAAAUCAUCAAAAUUCACAGCCAAAAGAUAUUGUGUUCGUAAAUAAAAAUGGGGUAUCCAGCAACGGAUAUGCUCCACAAACUAUUCCAGUUAUACCAGGAAAACUAUAUACAUUGGACGACGAUCCACUAUUAGAAUUUUACGAUAAACAAACAACAACAAAUAGUAGAAAUUUUCAAAAUCGUUAUCACCAUCAACAACAACAACAGCCAUCAACUGUUCAAAAGCAAACUAUUCAAAGUUCUCAAGGGUCUGAUCCAUACAAACACUUGUUUCAAGGCUAUACAAAUACAACAUAUCCAACGCAGCAGCAACAACAGCCUAUUUUCGUUUCUCCAAGUAAUUUUCAACCAUAUGCCCAAUUUUCAAAUCCCGUGAAUGACAGACUAUUUCCGACAUUCUAUUCCAACGAAUCAAAGUCAACAACAAUAAAUGGAACCUUGGAACAAAAAUUCGAUUUAGGAAAUUUAAUACAUCGUGUUCAACAGGAUUAUAUGAGAGAAAUAGAACCAUUUGUUUCAAGUGUAAAGUUCAUUGAAAAAACUCCUGAACUACAACCAGAACUAUCAAAAUUUGAAUUUUCAACACCAGUAUCUGUUCGAAAAGGAUACAUGGGACAAGCUGAUGAUUUAUUACGACGAAGUUUUGGUCGUCGAAAUAAAGAUCGAUCGUCGUCUGAUCGACGCAUGAGACACCAUAGACAUGAUAAUAAAUAUGAUAAAUACGACAAUAAAUACGACAAUAUAGACGAAAGAUCAUAUCGCUCUAAGCGUCGACAUAAACAAUCAUUAACAUCCGUGACUUCUACUUCAACAACUGCGAGUUCAAACAAACAUCCAAAAAGUAGUAGAAGAAAAUCAUCAGACCGACUAACACCCAUUCAAGAUGUUCAACACUUGAAUCAAACUCAGUCGAGUCAACCCACACAAAUGGCAACACAUCCACCAAAUGUUAUAUCCGAGAGCUCAUAUUCGGACGACGAGAGUGAUGAAGCGCAAAAACCAUUAUCACAUACAAGCUCUAACUCAUCUAGAUCAUCAGAAAACUCCAAUACUUCUGUUAUAAAUCGCGCUAAUGUAUCUCGUAAUUCUGCGAUAAAUUCAAGUUCUCCCGUACCUCAGAAUCUUGUUAACAUCGUAGCUAAAACAUUACCCUUGGCUUCAGGUGCAAGUCAGUCAAAUACAACACAGUCUAUUACCACUCGAUCAUCUCCACAAACAACUACGAUAACUCCAGCUCAAAUGGCGCAAAAACAAAAUGACGACGCAAGCACAGAAGAAGAGUUGCAUUCACAACCCAUAGCAAGCUCAACACAGCAAUCAGUAACACCACAGGCUACACCCUCGACGAACUCACGGCUUCCCAACCCUGCUACAACCUCGUCACAAGCUGCGAUCCCAAGCGGUACAGCACCGCCAGUCACAGGAAUACCACCAGCAACUGCUGCUGCGGCAGGUGGAAGAAAUCCAGAAGGACCAGCAACUGCAGCUGCGGCCGGUGGAAGAAAUCCAGCUGGACCAGCAACUGCUGCGGCAGGUGGAAGAAACCCAGAAGGACCAGCAACUGCUGCUGCGGCCGGUGGAAGGAAUCCAGCUGGACCAGCAACUGCUGCUGCGGCUGGUGGAAGAAAUCCAGCUGGACCAGCUACAGCGGCGGCAGGUGUAAAACCUCCAGAAGCACCAGCAACAGCGACAGCUGCUAGUGGAUCAAAUAAAAUAUUUACCCAGAAGGACACGAAAAGUUCAUCGAAGGAUUCUCAAUCGAGUUUUGGUUCCAAACUUAAAUCAUUAAAAGAUAGAAUAAUGCGAAAGGACAAAUAA